UGACGUCCACGCAGGCAGUUUGGUAGAGAUUGGAGCUGGUUAUCAGUUUAAGCGCUAGCACACGGGGUGGAUUAGCAAGCCUUAUUGUUCUUUUUUGGUGCUACCGGUUUAGCUAGAAUUUAUCACAUUUACCGGAAAUCAAGUGUCAGAAUCUGAAGCCGAGGUUUUAAAACUGAAGGACAUUACUGUUUGAUUACAAACCACGGAAUUGAUUGACAGCUGGAGGGAACGCCCUCAUUCUGUAUUCCCUUACACUCGGGACGUGAUCCAGCUUGACUGAACAGCUCAUGGUUGUUCGAAAAGUCCGAUCCUCCCUCCUCAGUGUUUGAAGAGUCACCGGAUGCUGUAAAAAUAGCCGGAUUGCCUGCUUUAUCUAUAUAAUAUCAGAGAUCAAGAGGUGGAAUUUUAUUGGUCUGGUUCGGGAACGUAUCGAAAACGUAACGCGUCGAAACACAAUGCCACGCUCCAAAGAAAUUCCCGAAGACAUUCGCAGAAAAGUGGUGGAGGCUCAUGAGACCGGAAAAGGCUACAAACUGAUUUCCAAAGCUAUAGGACUCCCCAAGACGACCGUCCGAGCUAUACUGCGGAAAUGGAAACGGUUCGGGACGGUCGUGACCCUACCCAGGAGCGGCCGUCCGUCCAAAAUCUCUCUGAGAGCGAGGCGGGAAAUAAUCCGCGAGGUCAUGAAGAACCCCUGCACGACUUCAAAGGACCUUCAGGCCACGCUGGCGUCGUCGAACAUCUGCGUCCACCAUUCCACCAUCAGGAGGAUACUGGGAAUACACGGAAGACCAACUAUGAGUUCCUUUGAUGGGAGCAUGGCGUUGCAAACUUCCGGACAGGAGGAGGGAGGAGUGAUGGAUGAUUCGGACAAAUCGACUCGGGACAUAAAGAACGAAGAGGAGCUGGAGGUGAUCAAAAUCUCGAACACUAAUUCCGAUAACACUAGCAAGGAUAACGCUAAAUGCACCGACGACGAUGAUGAUAAUGAGGAAGGUGCUGGACAUGACAAGAAUUGUGGUGAUGGGGAGAAAACACCAGCAAACGAUAACCGUGAUGACGAAAUGGCAUCAACGGAUAUUAAAGGUGCUGGUGGCGAGCAUGGAGUGAUCGAGAAAUGCGACGAUGGAGGCAAUGGCGCUGAGACGGCAUCAGCAAGCGGUGGAGAUGCUGACGAGAAUGAGAAGCUUGGUGAUGAGACAUCGAUUGUCGAAAGCCGUGGAAGUGGUGACGCCGAUGACGUGAAUCGUCAAGACAGCGGUUACGCCACUGACCGCGACGUCAACAGUGCCUACGAUAGUAGUAGUAGUAAUAAUAAUAACAAUAAUAAUAACAAUAAUAACAGCGUUGGUGGAAAGUGGAGUGAUGAAAUGGAUUACAUUAGUACGUUAAUGUUUUCUUGAACAAGCGCCUAGGCUAGCUGGCAGGCCUAAUUCGAAGUGCAUGUAACUUUCAUGGUGAGGACGACCACCAAAAAUUAGAAAUGCCCAUGAGCUGGGAGGAGAGGGGUCGCCUACGGUAGGGUCCAAACUCGAAAAUAUAUACGUUGUAGAAAACUUUACUCAGUUUAUGCUUAUUAUUAUUAUUAUUAUUAUUAUUAUUAUUAUUAUUCAAGAAUGCGUUGUGUAAAACUGAGUCGGAUCAGUUUUUAGUCCGUUUUGCACUUUCGUUCCUUUUAAUCGUAACAGUUUUUUGUUGUUUUUGUUUUUUUUUGCAUAAAAUGACGAAAGACAAGUUGCUGGAAGCAGACUCGGGGUUUUUUUUUGCUGUUGUUGUUGUUUUUUUGGACCCUACUGUAUUCCAUCCCAGAAUUUCAGACAAUCCUGAGAUGAAAUGAAAUAUCUUAUAUGAUUUCUUGACAUUAUCUGAGUUUAUUCAUACUGACACUAUUAAUAUGACAAACAAAAGAAUGUGUGCUCUCUAUACAAUACACUAAGGCCCGUUCUUUGUAUCUGGCUAAUCGGGUUAGCCGGCUAAGUUUGAACCAAACUUGGCCUGACUAGGUCGUAGAGGGUGGGGGGUGGGGAUAGGAGAAAACAAAUUCCCGAGUAAACACGGAUACUUCAUUUGCGAGGCACGGCUUAGUCACGCACAACAAUGCUGAAUGGGUUUAGCCGUUAUUCAUUCAGGAAUAACGUAAAAAAAAAAAUUUCUUUCACAAAGCUUCAUUCAUCAGAAGCCGCUUUUGUUAUUCUCUGGCGAACAAGUAGAGAAUCUCUGGCUGGUACUUUAAAAAAACAAAAACAAAAGAAAAACCAGAGAUUGAACAAGUCAUCAAAUAAAAGAUGACUUGCUAGUUUGACGGUUAGCUAGUGACAAACCUCAAACUCCACACAGAGAUGUCUUGUGUCUGGAUGUUCGUCCAUCUCGCUGAAAAACACCAAAAAAAAAAAAAGGUUUGCUAGUGGCGGUUAUAUUCCGCUUUAUGUGUAUAUGCUCGUAGCAUUUCAGUGUUUUUUUUUUUUUUGUAGCUAUUAUUUGUUAUUGUUAUAAAUGUUCCUACAGUUCUGUUAAUCGUAUGCAUGUUUAUCUGUUUAUCCUCGACACAAGGACUUCACGAUUAGUGGAGAUGAAGCAACCACCUUUUCUCAUUUUAUGAGAUUUGUUUUUUUUUUUUUUUUUUUUUUUUUUUGGGAGUUCUUCAAAAGGUGAAAAGUUCUCAUGAAUCAAUUUAAACCAUUGUUGGAAAAAAAAAAGUAUUAAAGUAUACUUAUUUCUGUUCAA